GGCGAAAUACCCUAAAGAAAGGCAGCUGAGGAGUCAAAAGACAGGAGGCAUCGUCCAGCAUACAACAGGGUAAAAGAAAUGGCAAAUUUUUCAGGCACCUGGAAAAUGAAAAGCAGUGAGAAUUUUGACGAGUUGCUCAAAGCUUUGGGUGUGAACGCCAUGUUGAGGAAGGUAGCAGGGGCCGCUGCAUCCAAGCCCCAUGUGGAGAUAAAACAGAGUGGCGACCACUUCUACAUCAAGACCUCCACCACAGUCCGCACCACGGAGAUCAACUUCAUCAUAGGCGAGGAAUUCAAUGAGGAAACGGUGGAUGGCAGAAAGUGUAAGAGUUUGGCCACGUGGGAGACAGAAAACAAGAUUUACUGCCACCAGACUCUGCUGAGCGGGAACGGUCCAAAAACCUUCUGGAGCCGAGAACUCAAAGGGGAUGAACUCAUAUUGAUCUUUGGAGCGGAUGAUGUGGUCUGCACACGGAUCUACAUACGAGCACAGUAGACAUCUUCGUUCCUCCAAACACAUUUAACACACAACUGACACCCUGUUGAUGUCUGAACUGUAACAUUAAAUACAGUGCCAUGCAAAAUUAUUCAGAGCCUACCACAUUCUUCACAUUUUUCAAUGUAACAAAAUCUCAAUGUAUUUUAUUACGAUUCUGGAUAAUUGGGAGAAGCAGGAAAAAUGUUUUUUUUGCCCUUUUUAAACAAAUAUCUAAAAUGUUUGCCAAGCAUUUGUAGUCAGCUCAACUAAGACAACUACUCAUUUCUAGAAAACCAAUUUCCUGCAGGUUGGGGUUGUUUCUCCAACCAGCAUUUCCAAUCUAGAGACUGCCCACUCUACUUAUUAUCCUCUAAGACAUCUCCCAUUUUGCAUGUGGUCUCAUCUGUACGGAGCACCCUCUUGCACAUAUUAACCGUCUCCUACAUGGCCUGUGGCAAACUGCCUUUCUUUCAACAAAGGCUUUCUUCUUGCCACUCUUCAGUAAAGGUCAGAUUUGUGGAAUCCACAACAAAUAGAUGCCCUGUUGACAGAUUCCCUCAGCUGAGCUGCGGAUCUCUACAGCUCCUCCAGAGUUACCAUGAUAUUCUGAUCAAUCACUUUCCAUGUUCAGAUGAUAGAUUGAACAGUGCUCAGUUUAAUGUUUAAAGCUCGGGAUAUCGUCUUAGAAGACAGGUCUACUUUAAACUUCAAUUUACAAGGAACUUAAAUUACAAAUAGGUACUUUGUUCACCAAUUAGAGUGGGCUUUUAAAAGGAAGCUAAUUGCAUGGGACUUUAAGUGUAAUCAGUAUAAACAGGGUUCAAUACUUAUAAAGGCCACAAACUGUGAAGAAGUUCAAGGGGUAUGAAUACUUUUGCAAGGCACUUUUAAUCCUGGUAGUGUGCUGCCUUUUUGUAUAACAAUAUAAUUUAGAAGAUUGAUUUUAGAUUUUUUUUCCCUUGCAUUUAAUUUUGUGGUAUCGCAUUUGUUGCCACAACACAUACAAGCUAUUCCAGGCAGAACUGGUCUAAUCCACAUAAAAAAAUGUUCAGAAUCUCUGAGCCAGAACCCUUCAUCCUUUUAAGGCUGUGGGGAUGAGGUGGGACUGGUGCCUAUCUCCAGGGUUCAUAGGGCAAGAGGGGCGGUAACGCCAUGUACAAGUUACCAGUCCAUCACCGGGCAAACAAGCAUGAAAGCACACACUCUUCCUAGGGCUAUUUAGGGUGGCUAAUAUCUGGACUGUAGGAGGAAGCUGGAGUACCUGGAGAGAAUCCACAGGAAGAACAUGGGGAACGAGUUCCUCCAGGAGACCCGCAGAACCCGCUUAUUUAAUUCAAGACAAAUGGCUAACAUACAAAAAGACAAUAAGUAUUACUUCCAAAGAACAAAGGCAAAGGGUUUCUGUCUACUCAAAAGGAUAUUUUAAUGCCAAACACCAUACUAACACUCAUAUACAACAUCAUAAAAGUCAAGAGAGGUGACACAUUAAACGUGGUACAAACAAUCUCGUAUGUACAAUCGGCUCCCCCGGGACUUCUUGUGUUUUUCUGUAACAAACACGGCAAAUACAAAAAUAAAGACCCAGGUAUUAAACUGUU